UCUAAGGGUUAUCGCCUCUGUAAAACCGCUCGCUCUUACCAACUUCUCCAUGGAAGAAUCCAUAAACAAGGGUCUGAAAUCGCUGAAAUUGAACGACAGUGAUGCAGCCAUUCGAGUAAUCCGUGAUGUACGGAGAGUUGUCGUAACGGGAUAUGACACUGGGCUUCCUCGUGAUGUUGUCAAGAGCGCUCUGAGAAAACAUUUCGCUUCAUGUGGAGAGAUCACUGAUGUUUAUAUUCCAAAAAACUAUACAAAGGAUAAUACACUUUCGAAAUGUGGUUAUAUAAUUUUUCUGGGAGAAGGCGCAGUAGAUAAGGCCUUGCAACUCAAGGGAAGUGACGUUGGUGGAUGGAAUGUCUCUGUUACUCCGUUUCCGUGUCUGAAACAUGCAAACGAGUAAGCUGAUAUCUACUCUUGCCGAGUAGGAAACUCUCUUGUAGGAGAAAGACAAAGCUCUUUGGUGUUUUCUGUCGUCUGGAUAUGAUACAAUGCAACCUUUCUCUAUAAUUUCUUAUGCUUUCUCUCUGGAUGUUAAAAACUGUAACUGUUUUCGACAUUUUUUUUCAAUUCCCAUUACAAAUCCAAAAUCACAC